GCGCGUGCGCGUGGCAGAAGAGAGCAGUGCCGUACUGAGCGUUGCGUAGUACGAGACGGUCCACCUCUGACCCGGUUUGGUCCUUCCUAACGUGUUUAAAGUUAAAGCAAAGAGAAAAUACGAGGGCCAUGCGGUUACUUGGAGAUUUGCAACGUAUUCCCAAUACCAGCAAGGCUUGCAGUCCCAUUACCUCUUGAGAAAGAUACACUACUUGCCUACUUAGAAUAUUGGAUUCUCAUUCCAGAUGCUCUCGUUUUCCUGGAUUAAAUCUCAAAUAAAUGAAUGGACAAUCUUUGCAACUUGAUUAUUUCAGACUAUAAAAACUUCCUCUGUUGGGCAUUGUUUUAAAUUUUACACAGAAGAAGAAUACUUCAAGGAAUAAUAUAUACUUUCAAGAUAAUACAUCUUUUGAGAUUCUUUGGAGAUUAAUGGAGUUUUGGACGCAUCUUUUUAAAAAUUUGAGAAUGAUCAGUCAUCCCUUCUUUUUCCCACUUAUUGGCACUUUAUUCUUUUUUAUUCUGUCUGCUCAAGCAGCAGGGCAGAACCCAGAUCACAUGCUCCAGGGCAAAGGAGGUAUUUCAAGCUCUGACAAGAAGCUUGCAGAUGGAUCAACAGUGGCACCGGAGGAUGCAGCACGAUUCUUAAGUUGUUACUGCUCUGGGCAUUGUCCUGAAGAUGCAAAGAACAACACAUGCGAAACAAAUGGCCAUUGUUUUGCCAUAGUGGAAGAGGAUGAGCAUGGAGAAGCCAUUCUGACAUCUGGGUGCAUGAAGUAUGAAGGUUCUGACUUCCAGUGCAAGGACUCUCCUCGUGCACAGUCAAGAAGAACAAUUGAGUGCUGCCAGACGGACUUUUGCAAUCGGUACCUGCAGCCUACAUUGCCACCUCCAAUUCCGAAAGACCCAUUGUUUGGCAGCGCCCACUGGUUGGCAUUUUUGAUUUCGGUCACAGUGUGCUGUUUUGCACUACUUGUCUUUGCUCUAAUCUGUUACUACAGAUUUAAAUGGCAGUCUGAGAGACGGCGAUAUAACAGAGAUCUGGAUCAAGAUGAGGCAUUCAUUCCUGUUGGUGAAUCUCUAAAAGACUUAAUUGAUCAGAGUUCUGGGAGUGGAUCUGGACUCCCUCUGCUGGUACAACGUACCAUUGCAAAACAAAUUCAGAUGGUGCAUCAUAUUGGAAAGGGCCGCUAUGGAGAAGUAUGGCUUGGACGCUGGCGAGGAGAAAAGGUUGCAGUGAAGGUGUUUUUUUCCCGGGAAGAGGCCAGUUGGUUCAGGGAGACUGAGAUCUACCAGACAGUGCUUAUGCGUCAUGAAAACAUCUUGGGAUUUAUUGCAGCAGAUAUUAAGGGUACUGGAGCAUUUACGCAGCUGUUACUGAUCACAGACUACCAUGAGAAUGGGUCUCUCUAUGAUUAUCUUAAAUUUACCACACUGGACACCAAGUCUCUGCUUAAGCUAGCCUACUCUGCUGCCUGUGGAUUGUGCCACCUUCACACUGAGAUAUAUGGCACCCAGGGCAAACCAGCUAUUGCCCACCGUGACCUGAAGAGCAAGAAUGUCCUCAUGAAAAAGAAUGGUACAUGCUGUAUUGCAGACCUUGGGUUAGCAGUUAAAUUUAACAGUGACACAAAUGAAGUUGAUAUCCCUCUAAACACACGUGUUGGCACCAAGCGAUACAUGGCUCCAGAAGUUUUGGAUGAGUCUCUGAAUAAAAACCACUUCCAGGCAUACAUUAUGGCAGACAUUUACAGCUAUGGACUGAUUAUUUGGGAAAUGGCACGUCGCUGUAUAACAGGAGGUAUUGUUGAGGAAUACCAGCUACCCUACUAUGACAUGGUUUCAGCUGAUCCAUCCUACGAGGAUAUGCGUGAAGUGGUUUGUGUCAAGUGUCUCCGUCCUGUUGUGUCAAACCGGUGGAAUAGUGAUGAGUGUUUAAGAGCAAUGUUAAAGUUGAUGUCUGAGUGUUGGGCACAGAAUCCCGCUUCUCGGUUAACAGCACUGCGUAUCAAGAAAACACUCCUCAAAAUGGUAGAGUCCCAGGACAUCAAGAUCUGAAAGCAACUUGAGUAUUUUUCUAUCAAGAAGUGUACUGUCUCUUUUCAUAAAUUAUUUUUUUGCUACGAGUAAUCAUCUUUAUCCUGAGAAGAGGAUAAAGCCAUUAAGGGUUAACAGAACAUUCCCAUCCCCCUUGAAACAUUCAUCUUUAUAGUGUAUUACACAGAAAUUAUUUGGAUUUAAGAGAUCAGUCCCAAAAAUCCACCAAUCAUUAGUUUGUGUGGGUGUAGUCUUUGAAUGUCUAGAUUCUCCAGUUUGCUGCUGUUUUUUUUUUUUUUUUUUUUACUUCCAACUCGCAAGUAAAACAGAAGAGGUUAAACCAAGAUGUGGAGAUUUAGGCCUACUCUAGAACUCAAAAGUGUGGAAGAGGAGGAGACUUCUGGAAGGAAAAUGCUUUCUAUGAAAGCUAUUAUUAGUUUUCUACAAAAAAGAAAAUGCUCAAAAAUGUGCAGCUAAGGCAAAAAGGAUCUACAGGAGAGUUGAAAAGAUGACUUGGCGGACUCUGGAUCUUGUAUUAGGAUAACCAGGAUCUUCAUGCACUGUUCCUGAAUCUAUAUACAGAGCUGUCUGUCCCUUUCUAGAGUGCAAAUUUGAUGUCCACUGCUUUGGAACCAACAACUUUGUACCAGGAAUUAUAAAGUAAAAUACCAAAUGAAUCUCUGUGAAUUGUACUGCUUAGAAGAUGAGAUUUUUUCUUGGUGCAUUGUAAAAGUAUACUAGUGCCCUGGUUUUCAUCCUCCACUUUCAGUGACUUUAGGUAUGGGUUCACUUCCCGAUUUUAAAGUCAUGGAAACCAAUUCAUAAUUGUUUUUUCGGAUUACAGAAGCAACUGCCAGCUUCUCCUGUUUGUCAACUCUGUACGACUUCUUAUGCUGAAUUUUGAGAUGCAGCAGUUGUACUUAUACCUCAGAGAUUCCUUUUAAAAAGUCUAAAGGGAUAUGUGGGAUGAAGCCAAUGAAUUAUUGUUGUAUGAUAUUUUUUUUUAAUCUAUGUACUGAAAAUGAUUAAGUUUGAAAUCACAUAGGAAUGACCUAUUGUGCUUUUUGUGAAGGCCUUGCCUUGCAGUUUUAUGAACAUUGUUUCUGUCCAGUUUUGUAUGUAUGCAGAUGUCAAGAAAAAAAUCAAAUGGCAAAAGAUAAGCCAAACUUUGCAGUAUUUAGCCAUUAUAUAUGUGUGUGUGUGUGUGUGUAUAUAUAUAUAUAUAUAUAUAUAUAUAUAUAUAUAUAUAUACACACACACAUAGUUUUCCACAUUGUGUGUAUAUAGUUUGUAUUUAAACAGAAGUGCUAAAUGAACCUAGUUAUUCUUUACAGGUUAAAGUAGGGUUUACCAACCAUGUUUCACAUGUAGUUAAUUUUUAUCAUAUAGUUGUUUUGAAGAUGAAUACAGAACCUCUGAAUUGAUUUACAGAAAGUUCUGUAUGAAAACAUUUGAUCCUACAAUAAUGGGUUACAUUCUGGAUCAUAGCCUUGUGUUGAUUUAAGAAGAAAAAAGUGAAUUUCAGAGUUUUAGGACAAUAUUCAUUCAACAUUGGGAAUGUCUGCUCAGCAUCACUUAUGCAUAAAAUAAGGAGGAAAAAUUGUUAACAUUUAAAAAGAAUAGUUGACAGUCUCAUGCACUUUAAAAUAAAGGGAAUUAGAUAUAGAAGUGAGUUCAGCAUUUGGUCAAAUAGAGCUGUACUUGCAAAACAAUGAGGAGUGCGCAAAAUACGGCUUUUAUCUUUUGAAAAUAUGUAUGUGUACACGUUUGACUUGAAUGAGUAUGAAUUUUGUGCUGAACCAUUAUGUUGUCAGCCUUAAUUAAGGUCCUUGAAGAAAUAUUCUGAUAAAGCUAUCAACAGUUCAACAGGAAGGUGCCAAUAUACUCACUAGUUGCUUUUAUUUACUAUAAGAAAACUUUGCUUUUUAGAAAAGCAGAUGGUCUGGAUAUUCAAAACAUAACUGUAAGAUCUCCAGAAACAUGCUUGUUCCUUAGUUUUAUGCCUAUGUACAAAUUAAUAUCAGUAUCAAGGUACCUGUGAUAUUUAACAUCCUUUUGAUUGCACUUAAUAGUGCAAGAAAUAUUUGAAGAGUUUCACUGAAUGAUUCAAAUAAGAAGUUGUCUAAAAUCCUGAUGUCAAAGCACUCCUAUAUCAUGUUGUUAGUCAGUUGAGAUAGACAGUGAUAUCAUAUUAUUAAGAUUGGCAGGUGUCUUGUUGAAAGUAAAAGGUUUGGGGAUUUUAGACUUAGAUUGGAUUGUAAAUGUCCAUGUUUGGUGUGGUUGAAACAGGUCUGCAAUGUCACUUGCACCAGGCAGAUGUUAUUUCGGAUGUACCUUCAGAUGCUUGCAUUUUCAACGAUGCUAUAUCACAUUGGUGAUUCAGUUACAUGAAUGAACCAUGUAAAUGUUUCAUUGCCAGCUAGUUUGUUUUUUUUCUUUUCUUUUUAAUAAGCAGCUAUCUCUUAAUCUGAGAUGAGAAUAUUAAGUGAAUUCCUAUCAGUUGAUCAUCCUGAAUAUCAAAUAUGAAUCUUUUACUUUUAACUUUAGGUAAUGCAUAAUUUUAGAAAAGCCUUAGCAAAUUGUAAUGUAUAAUUUUUUGGCAUUAUUUUGUUGCCAGACUUUUUCAAUGAUUAAUUUAAGAUUAGUGCUCUAUUGUAUGUGAUAUUCUGUAUACGUAAAAGCUGAAGCUAGACUGACUACAGCAGCUGUUUGCUAACUAAAGCACAAGCAAUGUUGUGCAUGGUUUAUCUAAGUUACUCUACAAGAACACCAUGAGAAGGUCAACAGAACCAUUUCCUUUUAUGUAAGAGACACCAGAGGGCUUUAGACAAGCAAUUUAGCCAGCUGUUUUUUCCUCAGAUAAUGUGUGCCUUUGAAAACCCAGUUCUAUCCAUUACAAAUUAUGAAAACCUUCUAAGUUCAUUGUCAAGCCAGUUGCAAACUGUUACUUUCAAAACUCAUUAUGUGUAGGACUGAUUAAAAGUGGUUUAAAAAUGAAUGACAUUUUUACAGUUAUCAAAAAUGUAGUAUGCAUGCUCACAAAGCAUUUUUGCACCUUUAACAUUUGUCUAGAAUACAGUCCAAAUUUUGCCUGAUAGCUGACUUAGUGCAUUUUAGUCACUGAAAGUUGCAGAAUUCUUUCCUAUAAUCAGAUCUACACAUCAGCUGUUUAUAUUAGCCUUAUAAAGGGAACAAUUGAUUUGUCCAUGUACGCUCCCCUGUGUCCAAAAAAGGACCUGCAGAUGGCUUCCUUGAUUGGAAUUGGAGAGAAGCUGAACAUAAAUUUAAUUCUUCAAGGGAAAUUCUAUAUAAGCAGUUCAGUUAAUUUAGCAUUUUGUACAUUGCAAGUGAAAAUGGGUGCUUGGAGCAAUAGCUUGUCUAACUUUUCCUGUUAUAUGCAAAUGUAAAUCAUUUAUGGAAUAACCCUAAAAAAUGUAUCUCUUACAUGUAUUUUGUACAGUGUCUGAUUUGUAAUGGUGCCUUAUUAAGUUUACCAAGGCCGCCUGCCAGCACUAUCUUCUGUACACAGUUUAUGUCCAGUGUAUCGAUUUUUAAGUAAAUAACCUUAUUUUAGUAAA